GCUUUUGCAAUAUUUAGUGGCCUUUUAAAGUACGUUGAGGUGUAUUUCACCGCAAACGAUUUACAAUAUAAAGUUAACUAGGAGUUAACCCAACACACAGGAAGUUCUUGACAUAGCAAAGAUUUCGGAUAAGCAUAUUCUUUGUGGUUCCCAUAAAUUAGAGAGUCAAUUAGAAACGUUUUACAAUUUAUCGUUUAAAUUGUAGUAACUGAUUGUCGAGUUGGGAUUUUUGGGAAAAAUAUCAUGAUAUUAAAAUAUUUAUAAUGUAAUUUUGGCAAUGUAAUAUUUCACUUGCUGUCGAGGUAGGCGUGAUAAGUAGUUUGCGGAAACUCUAGAGUUUCGUUUUGUCUCGAUCAACUUUUAAGGAAGCCGAUUAAAAAACAUACGGCGCUUAACAAAGGCCUGCUUUUAUUUUUAUCAGCAGAAUCACCUUGACUGGUGCCACAAUGUCCAAAGCAGGCCACUCAAGAUAUGCUAAACCCCGUCGCGUUUUAUUCAAAUUAACCAUUUGUAUCCUGAAGGCUUGACAAAUUGUAGCGUAAUAUUUACAUACUCUAGAUAGCUAAUAAUGGCUACGACAACACUCAGCGACUUCCUCCUGAAUCUGAGAGGAAAGUUCACUUGCUACCACUGUAAGGGGUCGUUAAACAAUCCGAAAAUCCUGCCAUGUUUGCACGCUUUCUGCUCCGGUUGCCUGAAAAGGCUGGAGAUGGAAAACCUGGGUGCGGAACAGGCCAGAUGCCCGUUAUGCAAAGCAAUAAUCGAGCUGCCUGAAGGGGUCAAUAUUGAUAGCCUUCCUUCGCCGCUUUACCUUAGUCGGCUGCAAGAUAUGAUCCGAAUUCGAAACAACAACCCUGAGUUAGCCUGUGGUAGCUGUGAUCGUAGAGCCGUCGCCGUGUCUUACUGCUUCGACUGUAAAUGCCUCAUUUGCGUCAGCUGCGUCGAAGUUCACUCGCGGAUGAAAGUGAUGAAGUUUCACCGCGUUACCGAGCUCGGGGAGUUCUCAUCUAAAGAUCUUCCCGUGCUGAUUCAGGCGCCGCUGUCGUGUCGUCAAGAUGGACAUAAACAAGAGGCGCUGGAUCACUUCUGCAAAGAUUGCGAGAGGCAGGUUUGCGAGAAGUGCGUUAACACUUCACAUCAAGGCCACAACCUACUGGCGAUCAGCCAAGCGAGUAGAGAGAGCAAGAAGCGUAUUUUACAUGCCAUGGAUGGUUUGCAAGAUAAGAUGUUGUCCUGCCGAGACGAGAUAAAACGAGUCGAUCAGAGCUACAAAACGGUGGAAAGGAGGGUCAUUACGGCGCGGCAAGAAGUCCUGAAGAAAAUUGAGGAUCUGAUUGCUUUGUUACGAAAGCACGGCGACGAAAUGCUGUCUGAGCUUGAGAGCGUUUACAAAGAUCAACAGCUUGCUAUAAUUAAGCAGCGAAAGGAACUAGAGUUACAACUAGGGCAGCUGCAGAAAACUCACGAGUACGCCAAAGACAUGCUGGACAGGAACAUCGAGGGCGAGAUUUUAGACAUGGAACGGCCGGUGAAAAAGCGCAUUCAGCAGUUGAUUGCCAUGAAACCUAAGCCAGUGCCGAACUCACAGAAAAGCAUAAACGUGGAUUACAUCCCUGAUCAAGAAGUACUCAAGACUCUCGAGAAAUCAGAACUCGGGCGAAUCUUUGUUAGCCAUACAGAUCCCGAGAACUGUACCGCCGAGGGAGAGCAGAUGACUCAGCAGCUAACUGGAACGGGAGAGCGAAUCGAAUUCAGGAUUCAGACGAACGAUUCCGAUCACAAUCAGAGUUAUUCCGAGAAUGAUCGCGUCACAGUCCGUAUCCAAUCAACGAAAGGCACGGCUAUUCCCACGAGAAUCGAAGACAAGAAAGAUGGAAGUUAUGUUGUCAGCUACACUCCGUUAAAGACAGGCGUGUACCAGAUCGACGCAAGAGUCCGAGGCGAGCCGAUUAAAGGGAGUCCUUGUACAGUACACGUAACCACACGGGCGGAAUACCUAAAGGCUAACCGAAUGAACCUGGAAAAGGCCACGAAACCGCACCACUACAGACCUGUCGCUUCCUUCGGCUCGUCUAGUCGAGAGAGGUUCCAGAUCAAACGGCCUUGUGGGGUCGCGGUCAGCACUUUGGGCGAGGUCGUAGUUGCAGACUCGUGGAAUCGUCGGCUUCUGGUCUACUCUCAGCGAGGUAAACAGUUCGCGCAAUUUGAAAGCAGGGUUCUUGAAGGGAGCGUGGACCUAACAAAUCCAGUUGGCGUCGAUUUUGACACCGAGGGAAACAUUGUGGUGGCCGAUAGUGACAAUCAGAUGAUACAUGUUAUUGAUCGAUGUGGCGUGACCAUCAAGACUUUUGGAAGUGACGUACUCGAAUGCCCGUGGGGUGUUUGCGUGACGCGUGAGGGUAAGAUUGUCGUGUGUGACUGGGGAAGCGCUUCUGUCAAGGAAUUUUCCCAACAAGGAAAGCUCUUAAAAGAGUUCGCCAGCCGCUGGGCAGCAAAACCUUAUUAUGUUAUUCACCACAAUGACAAAUACUUCGUCACUUUUGAUAGUCACUACGUUGAAGUGUUCGGGAGCGCGGGGGACUUCAUGUACAAGGUUGGCGAAAAGGGAUCCAGCGAUGGGCAGUUAAGGGAUCCAAGAGGAAUGGCUAUAGACAGCAAAGACAAUCUGAUAGUCUGCGACAGCGGGAAUCACCGCCUUCACAUGUUCACCACAGACGGGAGGGCGUUUGCAUUUGGAACUCAGGGGAAAGAGACUGGGCAGUUUGACAAGCCACAAGAUGUUGUCGUGACAACUGAUGGUAUACUGUUCGUGACUGACUACUGUAACAAUCGUGUGCAGAUAUUACAAAAGAAUUAACAUCAUUCCACUGUACAUGAUUUUUGGGGACAAAUCUAUAGACUAGCAAAUCGUUUUUUUUUUUAGUCCGCAAAUCAAUGAAGGUUCACAGUAUUUAGUAAGUGUUGAAACCAAACACCAGCUCGUGGUUUUUCUGUCAUGUUGUUAACGGUCCAAACAUGUCACGAAAUAUUUUCAGAGUUUGUAUGAAACUCCAGCGUCCUAUAAUUUUCCGUAGUUUUCGUUAAAACAUGGCACAUGUGAUACAUAUUUACUGAUCAAAUUGAAUUGGAAUAUCUAUGCCACAAUGCGUGUAAUAUGCGCUUUUGCAUCUGUCGUUGAGAAUGAGUUGUAGUAUGUGUUGUGAGAUUUUUGAAAAACUGAAAACGCAACUCCUUGAAUCCUUUACGGCAGCAACUCUACCGACUACUUCUAAGUGUCUUGAUGAAAGCGUAGAAAUGUUUUAACAGGGUUUCCUUUAUAGUUGUGGCUCCAAGUUCCAAAGGAAAGUGUUAAAAAGGAGAUGGGUUCUGGCCCGGGGGUACUUCCUUACAUGGGUUAUAUAGGUAUGUGCGGCCCCAAAGGAUAUGGUUUUUCAGCCGUUUUGGUUAUAAAUAGGGUAUCGAUU